UCUUUCACCAACUCGGGCGUUCCGGUUUAUUGCGAGACCAACAUCAGGCAACUAGCUUGAGAACACACGUGCUCAUGUAUGGCUACCGGUGCCCAACCGACCAUGUAUGCUCGUGCGGGCCUUCGACCUGCUGACUUACUUCAGCAUUCAUAGAUGAUUGUCGUGGCAAGUUCACAGAGUUGACAGGCAAGCCAGCUGUUGUGUUACACGAAAACAGGCUCUUGCGUUAGACCACAUUUAACCGCCUGUACUUGAAGUGAUCCUGAAACGGUGUACAUAUCUGCCUUAGCAAUCGCUUGAACUGAAUUCAAAGCCUGUUCUUGGCUUCUUACGGCCCCGGCGCACGGCGACCUGGCCUAACCUAAAUUCCACGAGGACUCCUCUCAGUCAGUAAAUUUCACACAAAGGAACCGAUUGGGAGUCAGCAACGAAUGGACGACAGGAGGAGAUAGAACUGUCUGAUGUUGCGCGAACAAUUCAUGCGCAAGCCUGGCCUUUGGCAGAGUCUCGCCCUCGUAUUCCUAUGUGUGGCCUUAACGUGCAAUGCCGCUGCUGGCGAUCCCGGAGCUGCAGCAAGUGCCGCAGCGUCAACCCUCUCACCCAACGAAUUGUUGGUCGUGAUGCCCACACACCACAAGCGUAUUGGCAUGGUGUAUGCGUCACGCUCGUGGCGAAAGGGGGUACAAACACACAUUGUGGUGGAUGAUGAGGUCAAGCUGGAUGGGCUGCGAGGAAUGGGCCUGCACCACAAUGAGACCUUCUCAGCCAUGCCCGACCUGCCCGGGAUACCUGGCAGCCUGCGACUCGUUAUGUCGCCUCUGCUGGCGCACCGGAAGUACGCCGGCAAGUACAAGUGGAUGCUGCUGGGAGAUGAUGACACGCUGUUCUCGCUGACGGCUGUGAUGGCGAUGUUGCGGGAGAUGCGGGUAUCACACAUCGACCCCAUCGCCAUCUCAGACUUCCUGGUGCAUUGCCGAUUCGAGUCGAGCAACAAGCGCUGGAAAGCACCCGUCACACGGGACCUGCGCUGUGCAGCGGCCACCGCCGCGGCGGCCGGUGCAGCGGCGGCGGACCCCUUAGCAGGCAUGGGCUCGGGUGGCAGCAGGAUGAGCCAGGAGCCCACGCCGCCAUGCAUGCUUCCCCCGGAGCGCACCGGGCCACCCAGGUUCGCGGAAGCCCCGGACUGCCCGCCUGAGGGGCAGACGUACUUCUAUGGCGGGGCCGGGAUCAUCCUGUCACACGGUUUGUUGGAGCGACUGGUGGCGCGGCAUUUGCGCGCACAACCGGUGCUGGUGGCGGCAGCGGAUGAGGGGCAUGACGCCGCUGCGCAUGCCGCGGCGGCGUCGUUAACAGCGGCGUCAGCCCUAAUGUCGCCUGCAGCCGUGGCGCCGCCCGCAGCCGUUGCGGCGAAGGAUGACGCAUCCUUUUAUGCGGUCGUGAUGUCAGCAUUCUCGGGGUAUGGCGACACGAGCAUGAGCGAGGCGUGGCGCCGUGCCGGCGUGGGCUUCACGCCGCCGCCGCCCCUGCCCUACCAGCUUCUCUCUAAGCGCCUUUCCUCUGUAGUACCGCCAGCAGCAGCGCCUCCGCCCCAGCAGUUGCAGCAUUCUCGAAAGCUGCUGAGAAUAGCGAAACGAACAAGACUGCCGUGCGUCAUCAGCGGCAGCAACAGCGAUGGUCCUCCACCGCCGGAGUGCCGCCGGUUCGCAACGUUGGGGCAUUACAAUGAAUGGGAGACACCGGCAGAUAUCUUGGCAAGGCACAAGGCGGCUGCAUUGAUUGCGCCGGACUCUUUCAAGUUCAUCGUGUCUGCUCACAUGAGGCCGCAUAAGGGGGAGGUGGAUGUUCCUUAUCUCUUGCAAAUGGUGGAGCUGGGGAAGUUGUUAUCCUCCGGCUAUGCUGGCAACUAUCGCCGAUUGGAGUUCGGGAAACGGUAAAAAUUGGAGGGCAAGUUAGCUUGCCAUACUGAAGCCUCGGUAAACCCCGAGACCAGGAGAAGAUGGAACGACCGCGAUGUCCGCAUCUGGUGGCUGGAGAGGUAGACAGAGAGGGCGGGAGAGAGCAGAGGGUCAGAAGGAGGUGACGGGCAUGCGUGUACGGUAGGGCGACGGUGCCCACGAUGGCGCCGUAGCACCUACAGGCGCCCCUGGACAGCUUCACAUGUGCUGCAUGUGAUCAGUUGCCGUACGUAUGCUCUCAGGGUGUUGUCAAGUGCCUGUUCCGAGCUGGGUGUCUUCAAGGGCACGUCACUCUACAACUAGUAACCGUGAACCCACGUUGCGACUCUUGCCCUGACUCAACUUGUGGGAUUUGUGGGCUGGAAAUACAGCCAUCACACUCGGGAUUUUGCUUCUCACCACCCUCUGCUCUUGCUUGCACUAGGAAUUCAGCGUCACUCUACAACCACAGACGAUCUGGCGGCGAGUCAGACUUGGGGAAGGGGCGUUUGAAGAGCACGCCGGAUCCUGGACGAGAACCUCGGAAUUGAACCGUUGGCAACGCCAACUUUGCGUUGGGGGGGAGUUGGCGUUAGUGCCUUAGUGCGGAAGGGACGGCCGCGGGGAAGUCACGAGCCUAAGGGUCAAGGGGUUUGCCAGAGUUCCUGCUCAUCAAGCGUAUAGGAUUUGGUGGAACAAGUGCAAUACAGCAUUACCGUAGGUUGUGUGCGAUCAAAAGCCGCGACUUUGACCAUUGUGGAUCCGCUACAGUUGCUCGAUUUCCGCAGACGCCGA